GUCGUGUUCCGGUGCCCGAUGAGCGAUUCGAUUACCUGGUGGAGUACCACAAGCCGGCCAGGUUUACCAAAAAUGCAAUCUUCAACAAAAAACACUAUUGGUUGUUUUAAAAACUGUAAAGAAUGUUUGAAGACGUCGUGGAUAAGUACUAAACAAGGCUUUUGUAUAUGUAAUUUAAGUGCAAAACUGCUUCUAAUUUUACCUUGUUAUUUCAGCCAUCGGUGCCACUGUGCCUUGUGUGUGUGUUGGCUGCAAAAGUUUUUUGCGUGAGCCCCACAACUUUUCAUAUGAAAUGUGCAAAAUUACACACUCCUCCGGCCAAGAAACGAGCCGAGAAAAAUAUUUGGAAUGUUUUAUUAGCUCAAAACUAGCCAAAAAAGGGGGCGUUGUGUAAGGUGAAAUGGAGAAAUGGAGAAAGGCAAUUCCAGUGGAUUUGCAGUUAAUUAAAGUGUAAUGUCUGCCCAUGUACGGCUGGAUUGGUCGGAUUGGAUCGGAUUGGAUUGGAUGGUGGAGGAGCACAGAAAAGUCAGCAGGAGGGUGCCAAAACGUUGACAAGGCCCAUCAGAGGAGCGUGAAAUAUGACCACUUUAGAGUCCGGCCAAAAGGGCCGUUUGCCGUCGAAAUGCUCGGUCCUCAACGCACGUCAACAAAGGGGCCAAACACAAAUCAUUCGGCAAACAACAAGUCGGCAAAAUGGCGAUUUUCAGUACUUGGCCAUGCAAUUACGCAGAAUGCCGUUUGCCUUUUAAGUUGCAUAUUGUUCGGCGAUCGGAGGAGCGGCAAAGGCGGUGGAAAAGCGUGGAAAAGCGUGGAGAAGCGCGGAAAAGCGCGGAAAAACGGACGUUAAGCAGUGACAGUGGCAGUAAGUUACGGGCCAAGUUUCGCCGGAGUCGCCUUGUCGCUGGCGCAACUGGCAUAACUCAGAGCUGAUGAAAUAUGGAGCUGCAGCAGGUCCUCUGCUGCACACUGCUCCUGCUUUUGGCCCGGAUGCAAGUUCUGCUCGCCGUCAGUUGGGAGGAUUGGUGGACAUACGAUGGCAUCUCAGGUCCUGCCUUCUGGGGCCUCAUCAAUCCGGAAUGGUCGCUCUGCAACAAGGGUCGUCGCCAGUCGCCGGUCAAUCUGGAGCCACAGCGCCUGCUCUUUGAUCCCAACCUGAGGCCCAUGCACAUAGACAAGCACAGGAUAUCUGGACUGAUCACUAAUACGGGUCACAGCGUCAUCUUUACGGCCGGAAAUGACACGGUGGCCAACUACGACGGCAUGCAGACGCCGGUGAAUAUUUCGGGGGGACCGCUGUCGUACCGCUACCGCUUCCACGAGAUCCACAUGCACUACGGCCUCAACGACCAAUUCGGAUCGGAGCACAGUGUCGAGGGGUAUACGUUCCCCGCGGAGAUACAAAUAUUCGGAUACAAUUCCCAGCUGUAUGCAAAUUUCUCAGAUGCCCUCAAUCGCGCUCAAGGCAUUGUGGGCGUCUCCAUUCUGCUGCAGCUUGGUGACCUUUCGAACCCGGAGCUGCGCAUGCUCACCGAUCAGCUGGAGCGCAUUCGCUAUGGCGGCGACGAGGCCUUUGUGAAGCGACUCUCCAUUCGCGGACUGCUGCCGGAUACGGAUCACUAUAUGACCUACGAUGGAUCGACAACGGCGCCGGCCUGCCACGAAACAGUCACUUGGGUGGUGCUCAACAAGCCCAUCUACAUUACAAAGCAACAGCUGCAUGCCCUGCGCCGCCUGAUGCAGGGCAGUCCCGACCACCCGAAGGCGCCCCUGGGCAACAAUUACCGGCCGCCCCAGCCGCUCCUGCACCGCCCCAUCCGUACCAACAUUGAUUUCAAGUCGACGAAGACGAACGGCAAGGCCGCCUGCCCCACCAUGUACCGCGAGGUCUACUACAAAGCGACCAGUUGGAAACAAAACUAAAAGUCAGUGACGUGAUGGCGCAGCGUAACGCAUCGUAAGCGUAUGACGUAAGUAGCGAGCGGCGUGCAACAGGAGCUUCCACUAAACAUACAUAUACACGAAAAGGACACGGAAAGGAUGCAGUAAAUUGCAAGGCAGAAAUUAUGGAGGACAUGAAAGAACAUGACCACAUUGGAAUCAGCGCAGCAGCAGUGGCCAAAAUUGGCGGUCGCAAAUACACAUAUACAUAUAUACAUAUAAAUAGGCAGAGAAAUAACAAAGAAAUAAUAUGGAUAGCGAUUACGAUUACGAUAACUAGCAUUAAAUGUGCAUUUUUUUGUCUCCCCCCAAAAAAAAAUCAAUCAGAGGUUACUUUUUUUUUGUGUGUGUGCGUAGCGUAAGUACAAUAACGAUAGCAAUAGCGAUGACUAGUAUCUAUAAUUACCCACAAUUCCAUUAAGGCCAUUUGUUAAACCAAAAAAAUACUGUAUAUUUUCAGGUUGGGAUGGUGAAAAGAUCAAAAUAAUAUACAGAAUACGAGGCAUUAAGCAAAACCCACCCAAAAAAGACAGACUUUAAUUCACGACCAUAUCGGUGGAUAUAUAAAAAAAAUUUGCUUAUGCCCCCCAAAAAUGUGUAUAGAGCGGCCUCAGCUUGUGUGUUUGUGUGUGAAUUAGCUAAUAACAUUAACAAUAAUCAAGUGCUAAUCUAUAUGAGCACAUCGAUGUGAAAAAAUUACCACAACUCCAUAAAUAUUUAUUGCCGAAUCGAAUUAACGAUUCAUUUUUGUCAUGGUUUUUAAGUUUCAGUCUAAUACUCAUAAUGAGCGUGUAUAAUUAUAGCAUUUUUAGUUCUUGACAUUUAAUCAAAAAAAAUAAAUAUUUGCUUUUCACCAACAACAAGAUAAACAUUUAUAUUUUUAUUAUAUUUAUCUUGUCGAUUCAAAAAACUAAAAAACUAUUUAGCACAAGGCGAUGUUAAAUUUACUGGUAAAAGAAGAAAAAAUGCUUUGCUCUAAUUACUUAAUUUUUACCUGCUUAUAUACAUUUAUAUUUAUAUUGUUGAUUCAAUGAUUCAAUCUGUAAUGUCAAAUGGAUGGUUACAUUUUUCUAUGGGAAAACAUUAUAAGAGCAGGCUUUAUUUUUAAACUUAUAAUGUUAAGUGCAAGGUUACAAUUUUUAAUGGAAUUUUUAUUAAGCAAAAGGCAAGCUAUAUAUAUACAUAUUUGUUUUACAAUUUAAGCUUGAUGAAUUUGUAUUGGGUCAAACAAAUUCCCCGGGGACAAACAUGCUCGCACAUUUAAUUGCAAUUUUAAAAUUAUGAAUUUGGGCAUUUUUAAUACGUAUGGUAAUCCCGAUGUGGAGGCACUGCCGCAAAUGCGUGCAUUUUGCAUUUUAAAUGCACUUGACCGCAGCAUCCACUGCUUGUGUAACCGGGGGACCUUAUCGAAACCAACUCAACCAGGAUUCACCCGCCAUUCAUCCCCCAUUCACCCCUGAUUCAGGAGGGGGAUGUCGGGCUGUCGCUUAUCGAACGGCAAAUGCAACAUGAAACCACAAAAUCUGUUGCGGUUAUUUAAAAUCACGUUUAAAUGCGAAAGUGCUGGCUGUCUCUCGCUUCGCUUGCGAAUUUUGGCCAGCAUAAAAAUCAACUUUUCUCUGGCCGAAAGGAAAAUGAUUACGUAUACGCCGCGUGGCACAGGGACACAUAGUUGAGAACUGUGGCAUAUCAGUUUUUUUUGUUUUUCAUCUGACCCUUCUAAAUUUCCCCCAGCAAAAUCACAUAAUAAUUUGUAUAAAUAUUUGCAUUAUUUGCACAAGUUGGCAUUUUUGCAGUUGUUUUUGUGUAAACCGGCAUUCAACUGAAACUUUUCAAGCUCUUUGUUUCAUUUAGUUGCUGUUCAGUUUAUGCAUUGUUUUUUUUUUUUUUUUUUUUUUUCAUUGUUUUGUUUGGGCUUGUGCAUCGAGGGAUUUGCCAUUGGGAAAUUAUGACUUAAAUUAAUACAUGGCAAGUGUAAUUUAUUUGAACGAAUCAAGCGGCAGCUGCUGCCGCCGUCUGAUACCCUGCAAUUUUUGGGGGGUCUUUGAAGAAUAUGUGGCUUUAAAGCUAAUUUAUUAUUGUUUUUUUUUUGAUUAAAUAUAAAAAAGCUAAAUUUAAAAA